AUGUCUGGACUUCAAUUGAAGAAGUUCAAACUCAUGCUAUUAGCCAAACACAAAGUUGUUCCGAUUAGUAGUGAUGUUAGUUCUUCGUCAAGUACAACAAAUCUUGUAAUCGAUCAAAUCGAAAUGGGCUUGGCAACCAAGCGUCAAGAUUUGGAUAUAGGGAUGGACAUUGAUCAUGGCCAAAUUGAUAAACCAUUAGAUGGUGAAUCUUUGAAGUUUCAUGCAGUCGGGUUUUUGGGUUAUGUGGUUUUAGGUUAUCUUCUAGUAGUUCAUAGUCUUGGGGUCACAAGAAAUGUACUAAAACCCAAGGGGUUAAACCUUCAUACACUCUCGCUUUUCACCACAGUUUCAACUUUCUCAAGUUGUGCUUUUGUUCCAACCAAUGAAAAACAUGAUGGCUUUCUGCAAAAACUCAGGUCUCCUCCUCAUACUUAUUCCUCGAGUCCUUUUUGGCAACACACUGCUGCCCUCAUGCUUGAGAUUUCGAUUUGGGUUUUAGGAACACUUUUCACAAAGAAAAAACAAUUGUGCAAUUACGUGUUGAAGAACACGGGAGAUUGGGUUCCUACAUUUGCUACCAAACCUCCACUCAUCACUUUUGGUUGUCACAGUUUUUGGGUUGAUUGUGGUACAAUGGGUACCACUUUUAUCCUUGGAGUGGAGUUCAGACAGCUUAAGUGGACUAAAUCCUUACCAGAAAAUCAUUGGCGCUUAGUUCCAAAGUGUGAAUUCAAGACAUGCCGGGGAAACUAUCCUGACCUAUCGAUCACUUCCCCCGCCAUUUUGGUAUUAUUCGUCGUGAUGAUGUGA